AUGCUUCAACAGAGAAUUUUUAAAAUUAAAUUGCACAUUAAAGAUACUGCUUAUCAGUCCACAAGUAAUACAACCACAACUUAUCCAACCACAGCUUAUCUGUCCACAAGUAAAACAACCACAACUUAUCCAACCACAGCUUAUCUGUCCACAACUUAUCCGUCCACAAGUAAAACAACCACAACUUAUCCAACCACAGCUUAUCUGUCCACAAGUAAAACAACCACAACUUAUCCAACCACAGCUUAUCUGUCCACAACUUAUCCGUCCACAAGUAGAACAACCACAACUUAUCCAACCACAGCUUAUCUGUCCACAAGUAAAACAACCACAACUUAUCCAACCACAGCUUAUCCGUCCACAACUUAUCCGUCCACAAGUAAUACAACCACAACUUAUCCAACCACAGCUUAUCCGUCCACAAGUAAUACAACCACAACUUAUCCAACCACAGCUUAUCCGUCCACAAGUAAAACAACCACAACUUAUCCAACCACAGCUUAUCUGUCCACAAGUAAUACAACCACAACUUAUCCAACCACAGCUUAUCCGUCCACAAGUAAAACAACCACAACUUAUCCGUCCACAAGUAAUACAACCACAACUUAUCCAACCACAGCUUAUCCGUCCACAAUUAAAACAACCACAACUUAUCCAACCACAGCUUAUUUGUCCACAAGUAAUACAACCACAACUUAUCCAACCACAGCUUAUCCGUCCACAAGUAAAACAACCACAACUUAUCCAACCACAGCUUAUCCGUCCACAAGUAAUACAACCACAACUUAUCCAACCACAACGUAUCCAACCACAGCUUAUCCGUCCACAAGUAAAACAACCACAACUUAUCCAACCACAGCUUAUCUGUCCACAAGUAAAACAACCACAACUUAUCCAACCACAGCUUAUCCGUCCACAAGUUUAUGGCAACAAGACAUCCCAGAGAAAUACAGCCCUCAGGAUCAAGGACUUAACCUUGCACACUUCCAUGCCUGGAACAGGCAAUUCUUUAAGAUUGAUUCCAUGGUAGACAACUCAGUUCCUGCUCCUCAGCAGGAAGUUCAAGUAGAAAAAGUGGAGGAAGUGGAUCUAGAUCAACCUGCAAUAGUUGAGCUUGAGGUGCUUGCUCCACCUCAGAGGGAGGAAACUGCUGCGACGCCACAAGAGGCUGCCAUGCAACAAGCUAAUUCAUUGUCUGUGUAA